UCUCUCGACUCGAAACUGUGCUCGAAUCUUCGGCGUGCACGGAUGCUCCGAGGCAGCCUGAGCAAGCCCUUGGCCCCCCUGCUCGCCCCCCUCUCAAAGGCGACGCUAUGGAUUGCUUUGUCAGGGCUUUUGGCUCACUGUGUAUUUGUAAAUGCUGAAGAAGAAUGUGUAUUUUCAAGAAUCUGGUGCUAUGAGUGCAGCACGUUGACCGAUCAAAGAUGUAAAGAUCCAUUUAAUGCGACUGCGCACCCGCAGAAUCUCCCUCCGCUCAAAAGAUGUGAAGGCUGUUGUGUAAAAAUCGUAAUGAACCAAGGAACUCAAACCGAAGUAGUUCGACGAACAUGUACCUCCAACCUUCAAAUCAACCUUUUCCUGGUCGACCACGUGUGCAUGCUUGAAUCGGAAGGCAAGGGUCUUAUGUGUUUCUGCGAAAGUGACGCCUGUAACUCUUCAAACCUAGUUCAAAUUUCUUUGCAACUUCUUUGUGGUGCCUUUCUACUCCUCCAUCUCAACGCAUCCUUUAAGUCUUAGACACCCUCUUCUGUUUCGAGUUUGAAGAAAUUGAUGCAUUGCUAAAAUGUAAGGGACGCUCUUUACUGGUCCAAAGUCGGAAUCUUUAAGUAAAAGGAUCACUGUGUGUAGCUUUGUAGCAAAAGCUCGUUAAAAAAAAAAAACAACUACGUAUCAGCAAAGAAAUUAUUUUUCACGACGAUACAUUUAGGCUGUGAUUCUUACUGUAAAAAUGUUUUGUAGUGUGCGAGUAUGAUUAUUAUGAAUCGUAUUAGCGCAGGGAGCUUGUAUGACCAAAAGUUAUGAUUUUUCUAUCAGCAUAACUUUCGAGAAGGAAUAGUCUAAAAGCAAUUGCAAA